AUGGUAGAUGGAGAAGGGAUCCCUUUCAUGCUGCUGUUCGUGGUUACAAUUGUGUUGGGUACAAUGGGAAACAUCAUCGUCCUUUUCGCGUUUAUCAGCGUUGCUGUGAAACAGAAGCGUUUCGCGCCGCUGGACAGAGUGAUCGUCAACAAGACAUUCGUCAACUUGUUACUGUGCUUCUACCAAGGCAUCCCCAGAAUGCUGACAUGCUACAGGGUCGAGUUGCUCCAGGAGACAGGCUGCAUCAUCCUGGUGUACCUGAACUCCUCGCUGAGGUGCAUCAGCAUCUGGUCAGUUUCCAACCUCAGUUUCCUGCAUUUGAUCAAGAUCAAGCGACCCAACUGGGCUUUGGUCAAUUCCAUCCUCAGCCACCAGAGCAGGUACGUCAAUGUUUCCAUCAGUGCGCUGUGGCUCACCAGCUUCACUUUCUACAUCCCGUACACCAUGGACAAAAUCAUCCACUUGUCGCAGGGCCAGCAGAACCACUCGGUCUGGUACCUACCCAGCGCCAGCUGCAAUGGCCUGGCCAGUAGCUCGGCUUCUGACAUCGUCACCUACAUCUCGGUCAGCUUGGACCUGCUAGCGAUCGUCUGGGUGGUGGUGCUGAACGCUCUGAUCAUUCAGCUUCUCUGCAAGCACCAGAGGAGAGUGGGGGUGGCAGGGCAAGGGUUAAAUCCCGGGAACAAGACCAUCCUGCAGGCUACUAGGAUCCUGGUCUCUCUCCUCUGCAUCUACGUGACCUGUUGGAUCUCGAAUGACAUCGUCUGGAUUAUGCUGAUUGCAAACGUCAGGCCCGAUCAAGGGCAGAACCAGACUUUGAAGUACACGUCCAGUUUGAUUUCCUCUCUCUACUACACGGCCAGUUCGUAUGUCCUGGUCUUUGGACACAGGAAUGUCAAAGAUGUGUUCAUUCCGGUCUGCAGGCGUUUGAAACAGAGGAAAGCAGCACAUUUCCAGGAUGUGGAAAUCUAG